CCGGUGAGCAGAGCGUCAGCCAUGUUGUUGGUGUGACACUCAGAGCUGUCAGCAACAGGUUCCCGGAGUUUACUAGCGUGGACAAAAACUCCACAUUCCCCCUGUAGCAGCGGCUCUCCGUGAACGGUAAACUUCACAGCGUGUCCGAGACAGCGCCCAGACGUGUCGGGGGAUCAUUUUUUAAGGCUCCGAAGCUCUAAAAGUUGGUGUUUCCUCUACUUUGACCGUUGGAGAGAAAGAUGUCUGUGUGCGGUAGCUGAGGACGGCACAGGGAGUCUCCCCCCACCCUGCAAAUAUGAAUGGUGGUCCAAGUGUUUGGGCAAUCUCCCCGGAGGAGAGGAACAAACAUGAUCAGAAGUUCGACACCCUCUCCCCAUCGAUGGGAUACAUUUCAGGAGAACAGGCCAGGAAGUUUUUCCUCCAGUCAGGACUCCCUGCUUCUGUUUUGGCUGAGAUCUGGGCUCUGGCUGACAUGAAUCGGGAUGGGAAGAUGGACAGGUUGGAGUUUUCCAUCGCUAUGAAGCUCAUAAAGCUCAAACUUCAGGGAACACAGCUUCCAUCCACGUUGCCAAUCAUCAUGAAACAGCCUCCAGUGCCUGCUCCUAACCCUGCCUAUGGUAUUGGUUCUGUGCCCAUGAUGGGUGGAACAAACUUGGCUAUGAUGACGCCUCUUUCCAUGUCGUCCCCUGGACUCUCCCCGCUGACACCCAUGACUGGCCUCACCCCAAUGGCUGCGUCCACAGCUGGGAUGAGCCCGCUCAUCGCGUCAACCCCCACCAGGCCUCUGAUGGCCACUGCAGGGAAUGCUGCACUGCCCAAUGGCACCAUGGGAAUGCUACAACCGAUGCCUAUUGGAGGCUUAUCUUAUAGUAGUUCUUCAUACGCCUCUCCAGGUGGACUUUCCUCUUCCCUGCUGGACCUGGGAUCUGGCAGCUCUACCCCCUCUGGGAUGUCCCCCAUGGCCACUGUCCCCAGUGACUGGGCGGUGCCGCACCCCUCCAGACUGAAAUACAGGCAGCAGUUCAACAUGUUGGAUAAACAGAUGGUUGGAUACCUAACAGGUCAGCAGGUGAGAAACGCCAUGGCAACUACCAUGCUGACGCAGACACAGCUGGCCUCCAUCUGGACUCUAUCCGAUGUGAAUAAGGAUGGUAAGCUAAACGCCGAGGAGUUUAUUCUGGCCAUGCAUCUUGUUGACAUGGCAAAGAGCGGACAAACAAUGCCACUGACCCUGCCACCUGAGUUGGUACCACCCUCACAGAGGAGUGCGAUGAAUGGCUCCAGCUCCAACCUCUAUACAGCUCUGAUAGACAACAUCGACACAGAACCUCCACAGAAACCCAAAAAUAACUUGUCAUUUGAGGAUAAGUUCAAAGCCAACUUGGAGCAAGGGAACGCUGAGCUGGAGAAAAGACGUCAGGCUCUGCUGGAGGCGGAGAGGAGGGAGCAGGAGCGCCGUGCUCAGAAAGAACGGGAGGAGCGAGAGAGGAGGGAGAAGGAGGCCCGCGAGGCUGAGGAGAGGAGGAGAAAGGAAGAGGAGUUGAGGCUGGAGAGACAGAGGGAGCUGGAGAGACAGAGGGAGGAGGAGAGGCAGAGAGAGAGGGAGAGAAGAGAGGCAGCACAGCGGGAGCUCGAGCGACAGAAGAAGGAGGAAUUGGAGAGGAGGAAACGAGGCGAGCUGGUGAUAAAGAAGGAGCAGGAGCAGGACGAGAUCAUCAAGCUGAAGGCAAAGAAGAGGAGUCUGGAGAUGGACCUGGAAGCUGUGGGUACCAAACACCGGCAGAUUUCAGAUCGACUCAGAGACAUUCAGAACAAUAAGAAGCUCAAGCGGACAGAGUUUGAUCUUAUUGAGCAAAAGAAAGAAGCACGGCAGCAGGAUCUGAACAUGCUGCAAAGACAGAUUGAGGAAUUUCAGAGGAAGUUAUCCCAGCUGACACCUGAGAAGAAAAGACUGGCAGAAAAACUUCAAAAUAUGUCUCUAAAUAGCCUACCUGUUUCAACCGUAUCAACCCUAAAAGUGGGGUUGACAGAGAAGAGGGCGGCAUGUAUGAAGCUGCAAGACAGACUAGAAGCUCUAGAGAAGGAAACCGCUGCGAAACUAGCCCAGAUGGACCAGUGCAACAAAGACAUGCAGGAACUGAGGGAAAGCCAGAGAAAGCAGCAGGCAGCCCUGGAGAAUCUACGGAGCAUUAAAGAGGAAAAGCAGCGUGAGUUGGUGAGAAGGAAGGAACAGGAAGAGGAGAGGAAGCGACAAGUGGAAGAGAGGCGGCGUAGAGAGGAGGAGGAAGCUCAAAGGCGUAUUAAACUGGAAAAGGAGCGUCAGUUGCAGGAGAAGCUGAGGAGAGAGGAAGAAGAACGUCAGCGAAGGCUUGAGGAAGAAAGGGAGGCCAAAAGGAGAGAGGAAGAGGAGAAGCAGAGACAGGCUCUCAUCCAAGAAGCCAGGGAGCAGGCUGAGAGAGAGCUCAGAGCAAAGGAGGAGGCUGAAAGAAAGAGGAGAGAAGAGGAGGACAGGAAGAAAAGAGAGGAGGAGGAGCGUGUGAGGCAAAUAGAGAGGCGCAGACAGGAGGAGGAGAGGAGAAAACUGGAGGAAGAGAGGAGGAAACUGGAGGAGGAGAGAAAGAAGCUUGAGGAGGAGAGGCGGCAAGAAGAAAGGAGGAGAAAAGAGGAGGAGGAUAGGAGAAGGAAGGAAGAGGAGGACAGACGAAAGAAAGAGGAGGAGAAAAGGAGGUUGGAGGAGGAAAGAAAAGAGGAGGAGCGCAGGAAGGAGAGGGAGGAGGAGGAGAGAAGGAGACAUCGAGCAGCCGAAGCAGCCCUCCGAGACGGCGAGGAGAGGAGGAGAAAGGAGGAGGAGGACAAGAGGAAGCGGGAGGAAGAGAGGAGAAAGGCAGAGGAGGAGAGGAAACGAAAGGAGGAUGAAGAGAGAAGGAAACUGGAGCUGGAGGAGAAGAGGAAGAAGGAGGAGGCAUCCCGUAAGCCACAGGCGAACGGAGGGAAGGUGGAUAUACAGGAGAAGCUGACGGCUCUGCUGAGAGGACUGGAGGAGAGAAAGGGCGGACAGCCAAAGGCCACACAGCACAGGAAGUCUGCGUCCCUCACAUCCUUUAAAGCACUUUAUCCAUUCACCGCACGAAACAAUGAAGAACUCAGCUUCGAAGCUGAUGACAUCAUUGAGGUGGACGAGACAACGGAGCGAGAGGAGGGUUGGCUGUACGGCAGCAAACAGGGGAAGAUGGGCUGGUUCCCAGAGAGCUAUGUAGAAAAAGUCAGCCCCUCAGAUACUACCAAACCCACUGUUGCAGCUCCGCCUAAAGUGUCCAUCCAGGCUCAGCUGUCCAACGCGCUGGAAGCGGCCAAGACAACAGGGACCAAGUCUGCUUUCACUCCCACACAGUCUCCACACCCGGCUCCAUCCGAGACUCACGGACGGCCUGUUGUGGGGAACCUGUUGGCUCAGGCGCUGUGUUCAUGGACGGCAAAGACAGACAACCAUCUGAACUUUGAUAAGGACGAUGUGAUCCAUGUGUUGGAGCAGCAGGAGAACUGGUGGCUGGGAGAGCUGAACGGUGAAAAGGGCUGGUUCCCUAAAACCUAUGUAACUGUCCUGGGAGAAGAAGAUGGAUCAGAAGUCAAGAGCUCUGCCUCUGAUGUCACAGAUUCUGUUGACAGCCUUCAGCUUGAAGAGUAUGUUGCGCUCUACACAUAUGAGUCUCCAGAGCCUGGUGAUUUGACGUUCAAAGAGGGCGAUGUGAUCUUAGUGAGCAAGAGAGACGGAGAGUGGUGGCGGGGGUCAACGGGCGAACACACAGGCCUCUUCCCCAGCAACUAUGUCAAACCUAAAGAGGCAGAUACAUCAAGUGUAUCUGGAAAGAAAAAACAAGAGAUUGCUCAGGUGAUCAAAGCCCACACCUCUGCUGGUCCAGAGCAGCUUAGUUUGGAAACCGGUCAGCUUAUCCUCAUUUUCAGCAAAAAUCCUUCAGGCUGGUGGCUCGGAGAACUUCAGGCACGCGGCAAGAGACGCCAGAAAGGCUGGUUCCCUGCCUCUAAUGUUAAAAUAUUGGGAUCGAACAGCGGCAAAUCUACUCCAGCCCAACAGACUGUGUGUCAAGUGAUCGCCAUAUACGACUACGUAGCCGCCAACCAGGACGAGCUGAGCUUCUCUAAAGGGCAACUGAUCAAUGUUUUAGACAAGAGCAACCCUGACUGGUGGAAGGGUGAAGUUAAUGGGGUCACUGGUCUGUUCCCCUUCAAUUACGUCCAGAUGACGACGGAUGGUGAACCCAGCCACAAGUGGUGUUCGGACCCCACUAGCCUGAACUCCUUAACCCCCCAGGAGAAGAAGAGACAAGGUUACAUCCAUGAGCUGAUAGAGACAGAGGAGCGAUAUGUGGAAGACCUGCAGGUGGUUUUGGAGGUUUUCUACAAGCCAAUGUCUGAGUCACGGCGGCUGAAUGAUUCGGAGAUGUCCAUGAUCUUUGUCAACUGGAGGGAACUUCUGGCUUGCAACAGUAAACUUGUGAAGGCUCUCCAAGGUCGGAAGAAAGCUAGUGGAGACAACAUGCCAGUGCAGAGGAUUGGAGACAUCCUGGCCUCAGAGCUGUCCCACAUGCAGCCCUACAUCAGCUUCUGCUCUUGCCAGUUCAACGGUGCCGCGCUGCUCCAGACCCGCACUGACAAUGAGCCCGAUUUCAAAGCGUUCCUCAAGAAAAUUGCAACAGACUACAGAUGUAAAGGCAUGCCAUUGUCCAGCUUCCUGCUGAAGCCCAUGCAGAGGAUCACACGCUACCCACUGCACAUUAAAAACAUCCUGGAGUGCACAGCAGAGGGCCAUCCUGACAGAGGACCACUGAAAGAGGCUCUUGAGAAGGCUGAGGAGCUCUGUCAACAGGUCAACGAAGGUGUGAGGGAGAAGGAGAACUCUGAAAGACUUGAGUGGAUUCAGAACCAUGUACAGUGUGACGGAGCUGUUGAGAAUUUACGCUUUGACUCUUUGACAAACUGUUUGGGCCCCAGAAAACUGCUGCACAGUGGUAAGAUGUACAAGGCAAAAAGCAGCAAGGAGCUCUGGGCCUUCCUUUUCAACGACUUUCUGCUUUUAACUCAUGCGGCCAAGCAGUUCACCUCUUCAGGGCUUGACAAACUGUUCAGCAAGAGGAACAAUGUCCAGCUCAAGAUAUACAAACCACCUGUGCUGCUGAAUGAAGUUUUGGUGAAGCUUCCAGAUCCAUCCAGCGAUGAGCCCAUCUUCCACAUCUCCCACAUUGACAAAGUUUACGUACUCAGGACAGACAACAUAAACGAACGGACGUCUUGGGUUCAGAAGAUAAAGGUGGCUUCUGAGGAGUUUAUUGAGACUGAAAAGAAAAAAAGAGAAAAGGUUUAUCAAGGUCGCUCUAUAAAGGCCACUGGAAUCGGAAGAUUACUCGUAACAAUCUUAGAAGCCACUGAACUCAAGGCAACAAAACCAAACGGUAAAAUUAAUCCGUACUGCGAGGUGACCAUGGGCCCUCAGACCUUCACCUCAAGGACGCUCAACGACACCAUCAACCCCAAAUGGAGCUUCAACUGUCAGUUUCACAUCAAAGAUGUCUACCAAGAUGUCCUCUGCAUCACCAUCUUUGAAAGAGACCAGUUUGCUCCAGAUGCAUUUCUCGGGAGAACGGAGGUUCCCGUGGCAACCAUAAAGAAAGAGUUUGAAAAUAAGGGACCCUUGACACGGCGUCUUCUACUGCAUGAAGUUCCAACAGGGGAGGUGUGGGUCCGACUUGACCUGCAGCUCUUCAAAUAGGAAGGUGACACAAGGAGCGGUGUCCUACAGUCAGUCCUGAAUGGAUGCGAUUUACCAAAGAGGCAACUGAAAACCCCUGAAAUGUGUUUAUGUAGAAUGCCUUGAGAAAUGUUCUACUAACCUGAACUAAUACCUCUACUGAUGUAUGGGAUGCCCCCAUCCUCUGGUUGGGAUAAGGAGCUGCAAUAAGAGUUUUUGUUUAGUUUUUUUUUAUUAAUAAGGAAAAGGUGAAGGCUUUCUAAUCAGAGGAAACCUUUUUACUUUGUUGACUGUUGAAGGAGUAAAAUUACAUGUUUCUCUGUAAUGUCUUACUGUUCUGUUACAACAAUCAAGUUUUAUUCAAUUUUUUGCCAAAUCUUCUCAACUACAGCUAGCCAAGGAGUUGAUGAUCAAAGGAGCUAUAGUUUUAUCCAGGCAUUAAAGUUUUAAACUUUUUCUUUUCUUGGGAGGAAACUGACUGCUUUUUGAGACGCUGAGCUGAUCAUAGACUGUUAAGUUCAUCUGAAUGCAUCACAUAACAAAAGAUGAUAGAGUAUGGACGGCAGCAUGAAACGUAUCAGACGGCACAAGCAGCAAUAAUGUGGGUUUGACGUCUUUAUCUGUUGGGUUUACUAAUGUUGGCAGAUCAUCUCAGGAUUUAUUGUUCUGAGGUCAAACCUGUGAUCAUGUAACAACACUGAAUACUUUUUCUCCGUUUGGUGUGUACAUAUUUGCGAAGUGUAAGGAUGCCCAAGCUGUUGGUAUGAAAGAGAAAAAUAACACCUAUGGAAGCUUUAACCUUUAGAGAAAUGUCACUUUUUUUUUUUGAUAAGGUCAGACUUUAUGUUCUUAGCUUUUUGUCCUAUUGGUAAAAUCAGUCAAAGCCAAAUAACUCCAAGUAAACCUAUUAGGUGCUGACCUACCCGCCUCUUCCUGUGUUUUUCUUACAGAUUUAUCUCUUAAGGGGUUAACCUUUGAAGUUGGCACAUGUUGAUAAAUUUAAAAGGAUCCCUCUGCUCCUGUGCUGAGGUCUAUGUCUGUUGCUUCAGAAAUCAAACUCAAACAUGUUAAGUAAAACCUUUGUGGCUGUAAGAUAUAGGAACUGUUGUUGCCUCUAUGGAAGCCCUGAAAGGAUACAAUUUAUUUUAAUCAAUACGGACUAAUUAUAUUUCUGCUCUCCCUUAAUAACAA